AUGACUGGCCUUCUGAAGGAGCUUAACCUUAAGCCUGGUGUUAUCUAUGGCGAUGAUGUCCUGAAGCUCUUCCAGUACGCCAAAGCCCAUGGCUUUGCUCUUCCGGCUAUCAACGUGACCUCUUCGUCUACUGCUGCUGCUGCCCUUGAGGCUGCGAGGAAUGCGAAGUCGCCUAUCAUCAUCCAGACUUCUCAGGGCGGAGCCGCCUACUUUGCUGGCAAGGGGAUCAAGGAUAGCGCUGAAAAGCGGGAGGCAUCUGUUGCUGGCGCUAUUGCUGCUGCGCACUACAUUCGCUCAGUCGCUCCGCACUACGGCAUUCCCGUUGUGCUACAUACCGACCAUUGUGCGAAGAAGCUGCUUCCAUGGCUCGACGGGAUGCUCGAUGAAGACGAGCGAUUCUUCAAGGAGCACGGUACCCCACUAUUCAGCAGCCACAUGAUUGAUCUCUCGGAGGAAUCUGUGGAGGAGAAUAUCGAGACUACGGCGAAAUACCUCAAGCGCGCCGCUCCUAUGAAGCAAUGGUUGGAGAUGGAGAUUGGCAUCACCGGAGGAGAGGAAGACGGAGUCAACAACGAGGACGUUGACAACAACUCCCUCUACACUCAGCCCGAGGAUAUCUGGGCCAUCUACGAGAGGCUCAGCAAGGAGAGCCCCUACUUCAGCAUCGCCGCUGGAUUCGGAAAUGUCCACGGCGUCUACAAGCCGGGCAACGUCAAGCUUCACCCCGAGCUUCUCGGGAAGCACCAGGCCUUUGUCCGCGAGAAACUCGGAUCCAAGGAUGAUAAACCUGUCUUCUUUGUCUUCCAUGGUGGCUCUGGCUCUUCGGUUGACGAGUUCCGCACUGCCAUCUCCUUUGGCGUUAUCAAGGUCAACCUUGACACGGAUCUCCAAUGGGCAUACACUGUUGGAAUCCGAGACUACAUGACUGCGAACAUCGACUACCUCAAGACCCAAGUUGGAAACCCCGAGGGCGCCGACAAGCCCAACAAGAAGAAGUACGACCCUCGCGUCUGGGUCAGGAAAGGAGAGGAGACCAUGAGGGAUCGCGUGGCCGUCGCCUUGGAGGAUUUCAAUGCGGCUGGUUCCCUGUAA